AUGGAGCUGUUCCAAGCCAAGGACCACUACAUCCUGCAGAGCGGGGAGCGGGCGCUGUGGUGCAGCCGGAGGGACGGCAGCCUGCAGCUGAGAGCCGCCACUGAUCUUCUUUUGGCUUGGAAUCCCAUUUGUCUGGGCCUGGUAGAGGGAGUCAUUGGUAAAGUUCAGCUUCAUACAGAUUUACCAUGGUGGCUACUUCUAAUUCGUCAGAAAGCAUUGAUUGGCAAACUUCCAGGAGACCAUGAGGUUUGCAAAAUAACAAAGAUUGCAGUGAUUCCACUUUCUGAAACAGAACCUCAGGAUCUAGAAUUAGAGCUUUGUAAAAAGCAUCAUUUUGGGAUAAACAAGCCAGAGAAGAUUACACAGUCCCCAGAUGACACAAAAUUUCUGCUGAAGACUCUUACUCAAAUUAAAUCAAAUGUGUCUGCUCCAAAUAAAAAGAAGAUUAAAGAAAGCAAAGAGAAAGAGAAGCUGGAGAAGAGGUUAUUGGAGGAGUUGUUCAAAAUGUUCAUGGAUUCAGACUCCUUUUAUUACAGCCUGACCUAUGACCUAACAAAUUCUGUGCAGAGGCAGAGUGCCUGUGAGAAAACUAACUUACCACUGUGGCGAAAAGUUGAUGACAGAUUCUUUUGGAACAAGCAUAUGAUUGAAGAUCUCAUCAGCAUUGAUAAUGCUGAAGUGGACUUCUGGAUUAUACCCAUCAUACAAGGAUUUGUGCAAAUUGAAGAACUUUUAGUAAACUAUAGUGAAUCUUCUGACGAUGAUAAGAGCAGUCCUGAAACUCCUCCUCAGGAAUCAACUUGUGUAGAUGACAUCCAUCCAACAUUUCUGGUGGCACUUAUUUCACGCCGGAGUCGGCACAGAGCUGGAAUGCGGUAUAAGCGAAGAGGUGUUGAUAAAAAUGGGAAUGUUGCAAAUUAUGUUGAGACGGAGCAACUGAUUCAUGUUCAUAAUCAUACUCUUUCAUUUAUACAAACAAGAGGCUCUGUGCCUGUUUUCUGGAGCCAAGUUGGAUAUAGAUAUAACCCACGGCCCCGACUGGACAAGAGUGAAAAUGAAACAGUGUCCUGUUUUCGUGCACAUUUUGAAGAACAGCUGAAAAAUUACAAAAAGCAGGUUAUUAUUAAUUUGGUGGAUCAGACAGGCAGAGAGAAGAUAAUUGGAGAUGCUUACCUUAAACAAGUUCUUCUGUACAACAAUGCAAAUCUGACUUAUGUUUCAUUUGACUUCCAUGAGCACUGCCGAGGAAUGAAGUUUGAAAAUGUUCAAACACUGACUGAUGCCAUUCAUGAUAUUAUUCUUGACAUGAAGUGGUGCUGGGUUGACCAAGCUGGUGUGAUUUGUAAACAGGAAGGAAUUUUUAGAGUUAACUGCAUGGACUGUCUGGAUCGUACCAAUGUUGUGCAGGCUGCUAUUGCAAGAGUGGUCAUGGAACAGCAGCUCAAAAAACUGGGUGUGAUGCCACCAGAACAGCCUUUGCCAGUGAAAUGCAAUAGAAUCUACCAGAUAAUAUGGGCGAACAAUGGAGAUGCCAUAAGCCGGCAGUAUGCUGGCACAGCAGCCUUAAAGGGUGACUUCACAAGGACGGGUGAAAGAAAGCUGGCAGGGGUAAUGAAGGAUGGAGUUAAUUCUGCAAACAGAUACUACUUGAAUCGUUUCAGGGAUGCUUACAGGCAAGCGGUCAUAGAUUUGAUGCAGGGUAUCCCUGUAACAGAGGAUCUUUACUCCAUAUUUACUAAAGAGAAAGAGCAUGAAGCCCUGCACAAAGAGAACCUGAGAAGCCAUCAGGAAUUGAUCAGCCAGCUGUUGCAGAGCUAUAUGAAACUGCUCUUACCAGAUGAUGAAAAAUUCCAUGGAGGAUGGGCACUUAUUGACUGCGAUCCAAGUCUCAUUGAUGCCACUCAUAAGGACGUGGAUGUUCUGCUGUUACUUUCUAAUUCUGCCUACUAUGUGGCCUAUUAUGAUGAUGAGAUCGACAAGGUGAAUCAAUACCAAAGGUUAAGUCUUGAAGCUCUGGAAAAAAUAGAAAUAGGGCCUGAGCCUACUCUCUUUGGCAAGCCCAAGUUCUCUUGCAUGAGGCUGCAUUACAAAUACAAAGAAAUGAGUGGGUAUUUUCACACUCUUAGAGCUGUGGUACGCAACCCAGAAGAAGAUGGAAAAGACACUCUUCAGUGCAUUGCAGAAAUGCUGAGAAUCACAAAGCAAGCAAUGGGACUAGAUGUGCCCAUUACCGAGAAGAAGCUAGAGAGGAAGAGCAGUAAACCUCAUGAAGACAUCAUUGGUAUUCGGUCUCAGAACAGAGGGUCCCUGGCCCAAGGCAAGAAUUACUUACUGAGCAAGUUCUCAUCUCUCAAUCAAAAAGUGAAACAGACCAAAUCCAAUGUAAACAUUAGCAAUCUUCGGAAGUUAGGCAGCUUUACCAAACCUGAAGUGAAAGUCAAUUUUUUAAAACCAAAUUUGAAAGUGAAUCUUUGGAAAUCAGAUAGUAGCCUUGAAACUUUAGAGAAUCCAGUGGUAGAUACUAAAGUCCGUACUGAAUCUGAUACAGAAGUAUCAGAUAAUGAUUCAUUCCACUCAGAUGACUUCCUGACUAAUUCUAAAUCCGAUGAGGACAACCAGCUAACUGACUCUCUAGAGAACAUAGGGCAGACAGACUACGUGCUGCCUAGCUGUGGUAUCAUUGCCUCAGCUCCACGGUUGGGCAGUCGGUCCCAGUCCAUAAGCAGCACUGACAUGAACAUUAGCAUUCAUGUUCCGUCCGAGAUCCAUGUCUCUCAGGCUAGCCGGUCUGACUGUGAAGACAUACCCACACCUUCUGCUGACAACGUGGAGAUGGGAUUUGCUAAACCUAUUGAUGUGUACUGCCAGAGGUUUGUGCAUGAUGCUCAAAAUAAGAUGUCAGAUGUUUUGGAGGCUGAGGCUGGUUCUCAAGAGGCCCAUCACAUAACAAAUCAAACCAGCAAUAAUACAUCUAAGAAGGCAGAAACGAAGGCUGAAGCUAUUGGAGACAUUCCUUCCAGGCCAUCUAAGUUGGAUGUACAGUCUUCUGAGCCAAAUCCUCAGCUCUUAGCUGUUGGUGGGACUGACUUCACUAAAUCUCAUAAAAGCCCAGGAUCUGUCUCUGGUAACCUUGAGACGGGACUCCACAUGACUCCUUCUCCAGCUGACAGUAGCAGCAGCAGAGCUGUAUCUCCUUUUGCUAAAAUUCGCAGUUCCAUGGUCCAGGUUGCUAACAUCACUCAAGCAGGAUUGACUCAAGGGAUUAAUUUUGCUGUGGCAAAGGUCCAGAAGAGCCCUGCAGAACCAGAAGCUAUAAAUGAAAUCAAACAAAAAGAACUGAAAGAAAUGUUUACGCAGUGCCAGACACGAAUAAUUCAAAUCUAGUUGCUAAUUUAGGAAGGGUUCUUCUAGUUGUGGCUUUUAAUACAAUACUAGAACAAUUACAUCAGGACUCACUGUGGCAUGAACUGCUGCGGAAUACUGGGAUCAAUGAUAUAGAUAACUUGUUUACAGAAAGUGAGAGAUGCAAAUGAAUUUGGUUCUGACCAAGCUUCAGAAUUCCCUCAGGCAGCUGAGACAAAAGAACAGUAAACCAUGUUUAAACAGGUAGCUUAGACACUGGGAUUUAAUAAGCAUGCUGUCUGUCUUAAAUGUGUUGCACAGUUAUUUUUGGAGACUAAUUUUGUAGCUCUUCUGACUUAUGUAGGAAGUAUUUAUACUAAAAAGGUGAUACUGCACUUCUGUGACCUUACUUACCUUGCACUGCACCAGCAAAAUAACUUACCGGUAAAUUACAUUUUAUUUAUUUUUGGACUAGAAUUUUUACUUGUUUCCACUGACGUUUUAGAUGCAGCUUUCUACAAAUUGUGCCUCUACAAUGGGAAUUGCGGUUUUGUUGAAUUUAAUUAUGUUAACCAGAAAUUAAGCUUUCUUUUUGCUGUCUGUUUCUUUCCACACAUCUUGGGCCACUCUCAGUAAAGAUAAAGCAUAUAGAUUCAAUCUGAAAUAUCCACAACCCUGCAGUGCAAAUUUAGGUUGUAGGUUUUUUUCUCACUUGUUUUGAGGUGAGGGGAAAUGGAGCAAAUGUCCUCUAAUUGUCUUGCCCAUGCUAAAGCUAUUCCUUUUUCCAAAUUUCUGACAAUUUGCUCUAAUUUUUUGUCUCUGUGUAAAGCAAGACAAGCCAGAUCCUGACCUUCAGGCAUUGUGCCUCUCAGUGCUGAUUUUUUUUUUAAACUAUAUUCUAACUGUCCAGAUGCAAAAGUCCAAGUAACUCCUUAAAAAUGCAAGUAUACUGUUUCAUAAAAUCAGUGUUGCAUUAGAGCAUAGUUGUCAGCACCUAAUCAAAACCAAAUUCAUUACCAACUCAAGCUUUGCAUACUUGCAGGAUAAAGCUGAACAUAUACUCAUGCUGGGAGUUGGAUAAAAAACACCCCUAUCUAUGUGUGUUGAAAGAUGACAUCUAUCUAAAUUACUCUUUCCCAGAAAUGCCUUGCCAUGCCAUUCUAGUAUAGGACAUUAUCCAAAAGCUACUGUAAAGCAGGACCUUACUAUGCUGUGGUUUAUAAUGAUAACCACCAUUAGAGACCCAGUGC